AUGCCGCUGCGGCGUGGUGCGCCUCUCUGCAGGGGGCGGCCGUCAGCAGGUAGCCUCUGCGCUGGAGGCGGCCGCCACGGCUCCGCGCCGGCGCGGUCGGAUCUCCUUCGCCAGACCUGCUUCCUACGGCCUGCGGGCAAGAGCGGAGGAGCAAUCAGUUAUCGGAUGAAAAACUCAAGAUGGAGGCCUGUGUUUGCCCUGGAGACAGGUGGAUCACCUAACACCGAUGGCGAAGACUUUGAAGAGGACAGUGGUUUUCUUGGCAGGACAAGGCUUGGCAGAUUAGUCCAAGCUGCUGGAAGGCAACUACUUGAAAAGCUGAACUCUGCCAGAAGCAACUCUCCCACAAAGAUAUUCCUCGUGCUCCUUGGGUUCUACACCGCCAAUGCCUUGGCAACAAUCCUAGGGCAGACUGGUGACUGGGAUGUUCUUGUUGCUGGCGUUGUAGUGGCUGCUAUUGAAGGGAUUGGCAUGCUUAUGUACAAAAAACCGGUUAAAAAGCCUCCCGGACGAUUUCAGUCGCUGAUUUCAAUGGUGAACUUCUGGAAAGCUGGUGUAUGUCUGGGCCUUUUCGUGGAUGCUUUCAAGCUGGGAAGCUGAGUUCCCUGGAACCACCUUUUCUUGUUUACCUCUCAGUAUUGCAAUCGGUUCAUCAAGCCCAUGUUAACGUGAAGAUUUAACACCACACAUGGUCGUGUGCGGAUGGAUCAAGUUUUGGUCUUGUAGUUGGCUCAAGUGUUUGGCUCAUUGAGAUGUUCUGGCACGGACAUUUUUUCUGUGGAGGUGUUGUUCUUGUUGAGGGCCAGUAACAUACCACUGUGCUGUGAGCAUCAUCAGCCUCGGGAGUGUACAUAUAUGGUGUUGUGGUCAUUUUAGAAUCUGAUGUUGUAAUGGAAUCCUUAGCCUGAUGUUCAUUUUUGUGCUGUAGGGAAAUAAUGAAGGCUGCGUAUUAAAGCUGGUUCUUUCUUUUCCUUUUUGUUUGAACAUGAGCUGGCUUAUUCUUGGGCUAUGCAAUUCGUCCUGCUUACUAUGUUUACCUUCAAUGUAAUUAUUUUUUAUUUUAUGUCUAAGGAAUAGUCAAGGUGAGAA